UCAAUUUUGAAUCUUCGCUUCUCCCCUCUAAAAAGCCCCAACUUUUCAAUUUUCAUUUCAAAGCUUUUGAAAUUUCGAAUUCCGAUGGCAUCUCGUCGCCGUAUGCUUCUCAAAGUCAUCAUUCUCGGCGACAGCGGGGUUGGGAAGACUUCUCUGAUGAAUCAAUAUGUGAAUAGGAAAUUCAGCAAUCAAUAUAAAGCAACGAUUGGUGCUGAUUUUCUGACCAAAGAGGUUCUAUUUGAGGACAGGCUUUUCACGUUGCAGAUAUGGGAUACAGCUGGUCAGGAGAGAUUUCAAAGCCUUGGUGUGGCUUUCUAUCGAGGUGCAGACUGUUGUGUACUUGUUUAUGAUGUGAACGUCAUGAAGUCAUUUGAUAACCUCAACAACUGGCGAGAAGAGUUUCUGAUUCAGGCCAGUCCUCCUGACCCUGAAAACUUCCCAUUUGUUGUCUUGGGGAAUAAAAUUGAUGUUGAUGGUGGCAAUAGCCGAGUGGUAUCUGAAAAGAAGGCCAAAGCUUGGUGUGCCUCCAAAGGUAUUCCUUACUUUGAGACUUCCGCAAAAGAAGGGUUCAAUGUGGAUGCUGCUUUUGAAUGUAUAGCCAAAAAUGCACUGAAAAAUGAACCAGAAGAAGAAUUAUAUCUUCCCGAUACAAUCGAUGUGGGGUCCGGACGGCAACAAAGAUCAUCUGGUUGUGAAUGUUAGUGCGUCGGAUAAAUAUUCAGACACAAUAUGUAAAUGUUUUCUACUCCAUUAUAAUUUAAGGUUGUCAAUGAAAUCUGUACUGGUCUGAGUGAUAAAGAUUCUGCUUGUAAUGUUCGUUUGUGAUAAGAUUCCAUAUGAUUUAUAU